GCACCAACCCCCCUCAAAACCCCGCAAUCCCUACCCGCUCUCGCUCUAGCCCGCAGCUCCCGUCCUUUCCACAUCUCUGCUCCCAGAGCUAAGGGUAUCCAGCCCGACUCCGAGAACCCUCGUGCUCCGAACCCUCAGUCUGCGUCUGUGGCUGGUGCCGGACUGCACGUUAAUGAGCCUUCACCUUUGACCCCGGAGGAGUAUCAUGAUUACUCGGAACAUUAUUUCAAUGUGUUGAUUGCGGAGUUGGAGAAGUCGCAGGAGGAGGGGUCGGAUGUUGAAGCCGAGUAUAGUGCUGGCGUCCUCAACAUCACCAUCCCUGCUAUAGGAACUUAUGUCCUCAACAAACAACCCCCCAACCGACAGAUUUGGCUCAGCUCACCCAUCUCCGGCCCUAAACGGUAUGACUGGGUCCUUGAGGGUGACCGCAUGCAUGAGAAGCAGGAUACUCGCGAGUUUGCGCAUGGACAGUGGAUCUACCUGCGUGAUGGUAGUAACCUGACAGAGCUGUUGAACGGGGAGAUGUCGCUGUCUUUGCCGAAGGAUAUUUAUGGUGUGCUGCUUGAAGAUUAG